AUGGCGCCCUCCAAGGAAGGUCUAACUGAUUUGCAAAAAGAAAUUUUUGAUAAAAUUAAUAAAAAUGAAGUGUCAGAAAUUAAAACGCUUUUGGCGACGAAUAAAAUUAAGGUUGAAUUUGUCGAUGAAAAUGGUAUGAGUCCGCUGCAGCAUGCUUGUUAUAAAGGAAAUAAGGAAAUUGUACAGAUGCUUCUCGAUCAGGGUGCUGAUGUUAAUGCGGGCCAACAUGAACAUGCUUAUACGGCGUUACAUUUUGCUGCUCUAAGUGGAAAUGCAGAUUUGUGUCAUCUUCUAAUGUCGCAUGGUGCCCAUUUGACAGCUACAAAUAGUGUUGGACGUACACCAGCGCAAAUGGCAGCAUUCGUUGGGAAUCACAAUUGCGUUGCUACAAUCAACAAUUUUAUUCCAAAGGCAGACAUAGAUUAUUUUAUACAAGUACAAGGUCUUCAAACAGAACCUAUGCUUCCACCACAUUUAGCGGAUUCUUUUCAUAAAUUUAUAAUGCAAGUUAAUGUUCAUCCAGUUCGCGUAGCUAUGAAUUUUCAGAGAUCGCCUGGUCUUUUAGAAAAUGCGCAUAAGAUUCAAAAAGUGUUGGAGGCUUUGCGUCACAGAGAGAUGACUAGAGGAGCAGAAACAAAUGAGGUUAUGGCUUUUAAAUAUCAUUAUCUUAGUUGCGUAGUAGCGGAGAUAAUAAAAUGUCAAAAGCGACAAGAAGCUAUGAAAGCGGAGAAGAAUGAUAAAGACAAGAUAACUGAAGAGGGAGAAGAAAAAAAGUCGGAUGUAGUUGAGAUAUUCAUUAGAAAGUUAUUGAAAUGUAAUAAAAGCGAGGGAGUAUCCGAAUAUCAAGAAGCUUUUCUAAGAGAAUCAGUAAGAGAAUUUCCAUUUAGAGAUAGUACUAUAUUUCGUCAAAUGGUGGCUACUCUUGCGGGAUCUGAUCCACCUUAUGCGGUAUCAGUUGUAUCUGCUGCAAUUAAUGGACAAAGAGGGUUUAAUGAUAAUGCAUUGAUAUGUAUCACUUGUGGAGAAGAAAAAGCAAGUAAGAAGUGCAGUAAAUGUAAAGCUGUACAAUAUUGUGAUAGAGAAUGUCAAAGAUUACAUUGGCCGAUGCAUAAGAAAGCGUGUGCAAGAGCAGGUCAAAACCCAAACCAAAAUACAAAAACCUCAGAUGUAGAUAAAGAGCAAAUAACUAAUGUAAAUUCAAAAUCACAAAAAUCACCAAAUUAAGAAUAUUCAUUGUUGAUAUAUAUAUAUAUAUUCUUGUCCAAUAAUUUUGUUUACAAAUGUACAUACAUAGUUCCUCGUGCGUACGUGUAAAUUUAAGCAUAUCUUGCAUUUUAUUAAUUUAAGCUCUCACUGAUGUAAGAUUAUAUUCGCAUACAUGAGAUGGACUAUGUCUAAUAAUUUAGAAAAAAAAGGUUAAAUAAGAGUCUUAUUAAUAGACUGUUUUGUAUUAUAUAUAAUGUUUUAUUUUAAUUUUUUAUUAAUACAUAUUAUUUCCUUAUAGAAUAUAUUUUUUAAUUGUUGAUUUGAGAAUUUCAUACGAUGCAUAUGUGUGAAUUAACCAUUGAUUUAUAUUUUUUCUUAAUUUUCUUUUUUUUUUGGUAAAUGUUAAAAAUAUUACAAUCAAGGAACACGAAUAAAGCACGAUAAAUUUGCGAAAAUAAACUCUCGUGUUAUUCGAUCUAAUUAUUUCGUCUGCUUAUCGUUACCUAGUCAUUGUUGUUUACUUACAAACGUUAUAUCUAUCUUCGAAAUAUAUUUAUCAACACUCGAACCAGUGUACUAUAUCAUUAAGUGGUAAAGAAAAAAAAAAGACAAAGAAAGAAAAAGAAAAAGAAACAUUUUCUUAGUUCUAGACGGCGUCAAAGGUUAUGAAGUAGAUCCCUACUUAAGAACUCAAUUUGCAUAGCACUUGAAUUUCGUCGAAGAUUUUUUAACGACACGAUGUUUGGCGCCAUGUUUACUGGCGCCAGCUGGUCGGUCACUCUUGAAAAGUUGACUAAAAAGGCCAACA